AUGCGGGCUCAACGUGCCGAUCCCUCUGAUACUCCAACUGCGGAGGGUCUCCUGAAGGAUGAUUUUGGUGAAUAUACAAUUAGGACUGAAAAGUUCAACGACGCGAAUGAUUGGUAUUGCAGACAUCAUUAUGUCCGCGAUGGUGGGGUUUAUGGCUACCAUUACGCCCAUCUGAAUGGCUUGUACUACUCCAAAAACCCAGAUGGAAGUUCGGAGAGCGUAAAUCCCAUCUUGAAGGAAGCUUCGUAUACGUUACCGGGAAACAAAAUCCCGAUAGAUUACUCAGAUGAAGUCGACUGGGAGAGAUUGAAUGAGAUACCCGACCCUUGCGUCGCAAGAGCCUCUGUAACCCACAAGCUUUUGGGAGAAUUUCUGCAGAAAUUAAAGAACCAAGAAGAGAAGAUUGUCGCCAUUGACCAGGCCAAAAAAAGAGCCACCUGGAAAAGAAGGUUGAAAGGGAAAGAAAGUCCAGACAUGAUCACCGAAGACGAGGCCGAAGAGACCGAGUGUGAGACCGAGGAAACCUCAGACGAAGAGGAUGCAAGCCAGCAGAUGCUAUCUGAACAGAGAAAGAGAGAGAAAGAGAACGGAACGGAAGAAAAUGAGGAGGAGAGAUGUGCUAAUCACAUGCAUGAAGACAUUGAGUCAAUCGACCAACCCAUGGAUGCAGUAGAGACCGAGGGUAUAUCUUCUCAAAAGCGUAAGGCCGAUGAAAUGGACGGCAGCGAGGAAGAGACGGCCAGGACCCCAGCCGCAAAGAAGGGGAACAUGAAUAAGAGACGCGAAUCUACGCUUACUGAGCGGGAGAAGAAAAACGCCGCCAAUAGGAGGAAGCGAGAGCGCCGCAGAAAGGCGAACCAGGCAAAACAGGGGAUGGAAAAAAGGACUACAUAG